GCCUAAAGUCCAAGAAGCGGGACAAGUGAUUCAACCAAACUUCUUAUGUAUUUUUGUGCAGUUAAUGUUCUUUUUGGAAAGUCAGUCUUUCAAGGAUUUUUUUUUUUUUUUUUUUGGGAAAAGUUUAUUUUAUUUCACGAGACUCGCUUGCCAUUACUGGAGAAAAUAAAUGUGGGUUAAAGCAAAGACGGGUACAUAUAGUAAUUUAAUAUAUUUUGAUAGCGUUAAGUCUAAAAUAGCGGAUGUGUGGAGUAACUUUAUGGGCAAACAAAAAUGAAGCCAGUCGCCAGCGGCGCUGCAGAUUCUCCAAAAACGUCAGCAACUAGUAAAAGCUUAGGGAGACGGAGCAGAGCUCAAGAUAUAGCGACCAAGAGAGCUGCUGAACAUCAGAACAAGUCCAGGUCCGUACUGAGGGUGGAAAGAGGAAGGCGAGGCGAGGAAGACCAGAUCCGUUAACGACCGAGAGGGGGCGCCCGAGAGGCGGAGCGGGGCAGCUGUCCAGCCAGUUGGUGCUGAGGCUGAUCUUUCGCCAAACAGGGCGGAUGCUGCCAGAGGAGAUUCACCGGCAGCACCAGGCCGCCGCUCAGCUCUAGGCAUACCGUGCUUUAAUGAUAACCCUUCCCGGGAAAUUCUACCCAACAAAACCUCUCCUGUAAGGAAAAAAGAGGAGGAGGGGGAAAGCAAGCAGCGGGAGAGGAGAAGCUUCGCCGCCGGGUACUGUGGAGCGGGCCUCGGCUUGGGCUCGUGGAGAGGAGGAUGCUUUCAGGCUGAGCCGAUCCACUUUCAUCUUCACAGAAAACGGAAGAAGAUAAGGGCAAAGAUGCAGACCAAAGCGGAGGGCGUUAUUACGGUGGAGGCCGCGCAGGGAGAGCCGGAUUCGGCUGCGGAGGCGACGGAGGCGGCGUCCGUGACACAGCAGGACCAGGCCCUGGAAGAGGAGAUAGAAAGGCUGCUGGAAGAAAACGAUGAUCUCAAGUGUGAAAUCGAAGAGAUGAGGGCCGAGAUGGACGAGAUGCGAGACACCUUCUAUGAGGAAGACACAUGCCAGCUGCAGGAAAUGAGGCGUGAGUUAGAGAGGGCCAAUAAAAACUGCAGGAUCCUGCAGUAUCGACUGCGCAAAGCUGAGAGGAAGAGGCUGCGCUACGCCCAGACGGGAGAGAUUGAUGAAGAGCUGCUGAGGAGUCUGGAGCAGGAUCUGAAGGUGGCGAAGGAUGUGUCGGUGCGGCUGCACCAUGAGUUGGAAAAGGUGGAGGAGAAACGCACAAAGACAGAAGAGGAGAAUGAAAAACUGAGACAGAAACUCAUAGAGGUGGAAGUGACCAAACAGGCUCUGCAGAAUGAACUAGACAAAACCAAAGAGUCUCAAAAGCGAAGGGGAAGCAAAGACAUCCAGAAGGCUGACAAGAAGCCAACACAGACUCCUACAGAGGAGGAGAAUGAAGACCUAAAGUGCCAGCUAGCUUUCAUCAAGGAGGAAGCUGUGCUUAUGAGGAAGAAGGCGGCCAAGAUUGACAAGGAAAAGGAUCGUCUGGAGCAAGAGUUGCAGAAGUAUCGCUCCUUCUACGGAGAACUGGACAGUACCCAUCCCAAAGGAGAGGCCGGGGGCCCACCUACCACCCGUGAGUCAGAGCUAAAGCUACGGCUUCGAUUGGUGGAGGAGGAGGCCAACAUCCUGGGGAGGAAGAUAGUAGAGUUGGAGGUUGAGAACCGAGGUCUGAGAGCUGAGCUGGACGACCUCCGGGGUGAGGGAGGGGGUGCCAGACGCUCUGGGUGUGAUGUGAUGGGCGGGGUGGGCUCGGGUCGAGGUCUGGGUGACGAUCUGACAGAGCUCCGACAGCAGCUACAGUUGGUAGAGGAUGAAGCAGAGCUCCUGAGAAGAAACCUUGCCGAUGCUGAGGAGCAGAACAAGAGGGUGACGGCAGAUCUGAACAAAUUGCGCUUCAAGGCAGGCACCCACGAAGGAGGGGCCAGACAUGGUGGAGGGGGUUCAGGAGGUGAUGGAGCCAAAUCAGAAAAUCUGCAGGAAGAGCUGAAAGCUGCAAGGCUACAGAUUAAUGAUCUCAGUGGCAAGGUAAUGCAGUUACAAUAUGAAAACCGUGUCCUCCUCUCCAACAUGCAACGCUACGAUCUGGCUUCCCAUCUAUCCCUGCGGCCCAGCCCACGAGACAGUGACGCAGAGAGCGAUGCGGGCGGAGCCACGAGCGGGCGUCGUGAGAGCGACGAGGACUCCACCUCGUCCCGCUUGCUCCCGCCUCAUCGCAAACGGGAGGGCCCCGUGGGCGGGGAAAGCGACUCGGAUGAGGUGAGAAACAAUAACGGCAGCAGCCGGUGCAUGACGCCCACAAGGGGCCUUUACACCCCGCCUGGUCCAGAGGGCUCUGCUGCCUCCGCCUUGGCUCGCUUCCUCCCUAGUGCCCGCUGUAACCUACGCGAUAGGCAGCAGUUGAUUGACAUCCGUUUGGAGGCAGAGAGGCUGGUACGCACCAUUGACAGGCUCAUCUCCGACACUGCCACAAUCAUCUCAGAGGCAAGGGUCUACGUUUCAGAUGGUGAUUUGAUGUUUGGGAGGGGAGGAGAGGAGGGCGGAGAAGAUGAUGGAAGCAGGAUCAGGGAACAUGAAUUGCUUUAUCGGAUUGACGGCCAGAUGAAGGCCUUCCGAAAAGAGCUGCAAGCUUUUAUUGACAGACUGGAGGUGCCAAGGCUUGAAGACAGAGAGACAGAGGAGCCACUGUCGAUGUUUCAACCCAUUAUUUUGCUCAUCCUUAUACUCGUCUUAUUCUCAUCCCUCUCUUAUGCCACUAUCUUUAAACUAGUCUUCCUGUUUACUCUCUUCUUUGUUCUGUGAUGUAAGCCUCCCAUUGUUCAAAUCAUCCCUGUUUGUCUUGCUAUGUUGAUUUCAUUUUUUCCCCUAAAACGCCUCAUUUGUUGCCACGGUAAUCUAAAGCACAGAAAAAGCUCAGCACUUGCCCUUUCCGCCCACUAACUGGCUUCAACAACUGGAGUCUCCAUUAUCAUAAUACAUCACUGUCAACGUCACUUCAUCCA